AUGGACUGUCUAUCAAGUGAGGACAAACGACGACAUGACUACUUCAUCAAAAUGAUUGAGGCUCGAAGCACAGAGUUCAGAAACACUCAUCGUAUCUUACUUAUUGGAACAGGUGAAUCGGGCAAAUCAACAUUUGUAAAACAGCUCAAGCUGUUGAGUUCACCCAAACAGACCUUUACAGAGGACUAUCGAGCUCGAUUCAUUCCCGAGAUUCAACGAAACGUUGUGCAGGCUCUAAGCAACAUUGUCAGCUUUAUGGUUCUGGAGGAUAUUCCAUUUGCAAAAAAUAAAAAGAAACUGGACGGCGCGAAGAAAGUCAUUAUAAAGGCUUACGCUGAAGUUCACAUUAAUCCAGACAACAUUAACGACUACACCAAUAAUCCAGAUACGGCGAAGAGAGAGGAGUUCUACGAUCAGUGCGCCAUGCUUUGGGAGGAUGAGGCUGUCAAGGAGACGCAACUGCGGGGCAACGAGUUUCAGCAAAUCGACUGUGCCCAGUACUUCCUGGAUAAACUGGAAACCAUCAGAGCGUCUGGUUAUAAGCCUACAGACGAGGACAUUCUUCAAUGCCGCACCAAGACCCUGGGGAUCCACACGGAAUCCAUCCUCUACAACAACGUGCCCUUCGAGCUGGUCGAUGUGGGUGGUCAACGAGAACAGCGAGCGAAGUGGAUAGAGGCCAUGACGGAUGGAGUAACAGCGGUCAUCUUUCUGACUGACGUAUCUGCCUGGGAUAGGAUGUUGGAGGAGGACAAUACGGUGAACAGACUGCGUGAAGCCUAUCAUCUUUUCAGACAGGUGUGGACUAAGAGCCUCCUUAGGGACAAAUCUUUCAUCCUUUUUCUCAACAAACAGGACAAACUAUCCGAAAAGAUUCGAUCAGAAAGGAACCCAAUCUCAAAGUUCUUUCCCGAGUAUGAGGAGCAAAAGUUCAACUUCACGGUAGAACUACUGUCCGAGCUAAAGGCCUCGAAGGAGAAGAAAAAUAAGGAUGAUAAUGAAAUCUGGGACAAGCAUUUCUCCUACUUUUUGCCGCCUAAAGACGAUGGCGCCGACUGGAAAGACGAGGACAAAAAUCCGAUGGAUACUCAGGUUAUGGUUGAGUAUGGUCAAAUCCAAAGUAUCGUCUCAAAAGCUAUGAAUGACGGUGGCUUCAACAACUGGGUCCUCACUGGUGAGGACCAGGAGGCGGUGAUUAAAAAUCUGCUGGAGAGGGAAGAUUUCCUGAACUUGAAUGAGAGACUGUUUGCUGUGCCCCUUUUCCGUAUAGUGGCUACUACACACUUCAUCAAAAUGCUCUUCCUCAAUGAAUGCGAACAGAGCAAAACACGCAGAAUCUACCCCUACCCAACCACUGCUAUCGACAAGAGGAACGUUGGUCGCGUGUUCGAAUCCUGCAAGGAAAUCCUCCAGGGCAAGGCGUUGACUGAAAUAAUGAUUUGA